AUGUCUCGCGCCAAUCCCCCAAGCAACUCUUCGGGGUCUCGCAAGAUCUCGUUCAACGUAAGCGAGCAAUAUGACAUUCAGGAUGUCGUGGGCGAGGGCGCUUAUGGCGUCGUUUGCUCUGCGAUCCAUAAGCCGUCCGGCCAGAAAGUUGCCAUAAAGAAGAUCACCCCGUUCGAUCACUCCAUGUUCUGCCUACGAACCCUCCGCGAGAUGAAGCUGCUUCGGUACUUCAACCAUGAGAACAUCAUUUCCAUCCUCGACAUCCAGAAGCCGCGGAGCUAUGAGACCUUCAACGAGGUGUACCUGAUCCAGGAGCUCAUGGAAACUGACAUGCACCGUGUCAUCCGCACACAAGACCUGUCCGAUGAUCACUGCCAGUACUUCAUCUACCAAACCCUACGUGCCCUCAAGGCAAUGCACUCGGCAAACGUGCUUCACCGUGAUCUCAAGCCCUCAAAUCUCCUUCUCAACGCCAACUGUGAUUUGAAGGUUUGCGAUUUUGGUCUGGCUCGUUCCGCCGCUUCGCAGGAGGACAAUUCUGGCUUCAUGACAGAAUACGUCGCUACGCGUUGGUACCGUGCUCCCGAGAUCAUGUUGACCUUUAAGGAGUACACGAAGGCUAUCGACGUUUGGUCUGUUGGCUGCAUUCUCGCCGAGAUGCUUAGCGGAAAGCCUUUGUUCCCCGGAAAGGACUAUCACCACCAGCUCACGCUGAUCCUUGACGUUCUCGGCACGCCUACCAUGGAGGACUACUACGGCAUCAAGUCUCGCCGUGCAAGGGAGUACAUCCGCUCGCUGCCGUUCAAGAAGAAGGUCCCUUUCAGGACUCUCUUCCCCAAGACAUCGGAUCUCGCCUUGGACCUAUUGGAGAAGCUACUUGCCUUUAACCCCGUCAAGCGCAUCACUGUGGAGGAAGCCUUGAAGCAUCCUUACCUUGAACCCUACCAUGACCCCGACGAUGAACCCACCGCGCCGCCGAUUCCCGAGGAGUUCUUCGAUUUCGAUAAGCACAAGGAUAACCUGAGCAAAGAACAGCUCAAGCAGUUCAUCUACCAGGAAAUUAUGCGGUAA